UUCUUCUAUGAACGUGUUUUUUGUCGCGAAGUUAAUUCAAUUAAAAUUUACUCUCUGAGAUAUUCGUCCGUUGUUAUCCUUAAUCCUUACUUUAACUUCACGAUGAAAUCAUUGAUCGGAACGCUAUGUAUUUAUUGUCUAUUCAUAUUAACGAAUAAUGUAGUAUCGAGUUAUGGAGACGAUCUAUAUCCUCUAACUAUAAUGCAUACGAAUGAUUUUCACGCCAGAUUUGAAGAAACGAACGUCAAGGGAAACCCAUGUAUGUCUGGUGAGAAAUGCAUCGGUGGUCUGGCACGUGUCUUACAUACCGUUAAAAGAAUAAUUAAAGAGCAAGAAAAGAAGAAUAUAGAAUCGUUGUACAUUAAUGCGGGUGAUAAUUUCCAAGGUACCGUCUGGUAUAAUAUAGGACGUUGGAAUGUUACCAGUGAGCUAAUGAAUAUCCAGCCACCAGAUGUUAUGGUUUUGGGGAAUCAUGAAUUUGAUCAUGGAAUCGAUGGCCUAUUGCCUUUUUUAAAUACUAUGGAUAAAACUGAAAUAGUUGUGGCGAAUAUGGAUGCAAAAGGUGAACCGCAGGUGGCGAAAAAAAUUAAACCAUUCACUAUAAUUAAAAAAAAGUAUCGCAAUAUUGGUGUAAUUGGUGUUAUCGUUGAGGAAGUUCCCGAUUUAGCCGCUACGGGGAAUUUGAAAUUCCGUAAUGAAAGCGAAGCUAUUAUUGAAGCGGCAAGAAAUUUGAAAAAACAAGAUCCUAGCGUCAAUAUUAUCAUAGUUGUUUCUCAUGUCGGUUUCGACGUCGAUAAAAUUAUUGCUGAGCGUGCUGGAUCAGAAGUUGAUAUUAUCGUUGGCGGACACACGCAUACCGUCCUUUAUACCGGUACUCCACCGGGUCCUGAAAAGCGGGAAGAUAACUAUCCCUAUGUCUAUAAUCAUCCGUCCGGUAAUAAAGUUCUUCUCGUACAAGCUGUCUGCCACGCCAAAUAUGUCGGUAAUCUGACGGUGUUCUUCGAUAAGGCUGGAAAAGUUGUAAAAUAUGAAGGUGCCCCAAUUUAUAUGGACACUCAAGUAGAACAAGAUAAAGACGUAUUGGAAGCUAUGAAACCCUGGAGAAAGUUGAUCGAUGAAAAGACAAAGGUCGUAGUAGGGAGAACAAAUGUAGACAUGCCAAAAGACAUUUGCCGUUCGGAGGAGUGCGCCUUGGGUAACUUUUACACCGAUGCUAUGAUUGAUGCUUUUGGCGAUAAAGAGAAUUGUAAAUCAGGCAGUACAUGGACAAAAGCGCCUAUUGCUUUAGCUCAUGCAGGUAGCUUGCGUAGCCCGUUACAGCAAGGAGAUAUCCAUUAUUCGGACGCACUACUAUUGGCGCCUUUUACUAAUAUGGUGGUAGGGUACGAUUUACCAGGCGCUAAAUUAAAAGAGGCCUUGGAAUUUAGUGCAGCGCCGAAGAAUGAGGACGAAAAACGUAGAUUCUUGCAGAUGUCAGGUGUUAAAGUCACCUACAAUAUGACCCGACCGGCGAAUAACAGAAUUGUAGAUUUAAAAGUACGCACCAAUGGUUGUCCCUAUGAUAGGUAUGAAAACCUCGAUGAAAACAAAAUGUACCGAGUAGCUAGUCCAAGCUUUCUGCAAGGAGGUGGCGAUAGUUUUAAAAUGCUACGUGACUAUGCUAAAAACAUAAACAAUCAAAAAAUUGAUCUGGACGCCUUACUGGAUUAUAUAAAGAAAUUCUCGCCAAUUGCAUCAAAGCCAGAAGGACGCAUUACGAUUAUUCAUUAGAUGCGAUAGCGACGACAAUGAAAAUUUGAAAGGAUCUUAAGUGUCAGACAAUUUACUGAAUAAAUUCUUAAAAGUUUAUAUUCAUUUUUAUCUUAAAAA